UUUGGGUUCAAGUGUCCCUCGCCCACUCGCCUGUGCCGCAACAAAGACCUCCAUUCGACCUCCUCAUCAUGAGCUUCGGCCAGGGAAACCCUUAUGGCGACCCCAACUGGUAUGACCGCGCCUACCACAGCGCCUACUACAAGGAGACCCACAAGGCUUGGCGCAAGAGGUGCCGUGACUUCGUGGAGGAACACAUCAUCCCCUACGUGAGCCAGUGGGAGGUGAACAAGGCUGUACCCAAGGAGACGUAUAUCCAGUGUGCGGAGGCAGGCUUGCUGCCGAUCGUGGUGGGCGCACACUCGGGUGCUUUCGACUUGGUGCCCUACGAUGCACCCGAGGGCUUGGACUAUUUCCAUGAGUUGAUCUUCGUAGACGAGCUUGCCAGGUGCGGCAGCGGCGGCGUGUUGUGGGGCCUCAUUGAGGGUUUGCAGAUCGGAUUGCCGCCAGUGCUGAACUUUGGAAGUGAUGAGAUGAAGAAGCGAGUGGCACCUGAUUGCCUCAUGGGGAAGAAGAUCAUCUCCUUGAACAUCACAGAGCCAAAUGCUGGCAGUGACGUGGCGGCGCUGAAGUGCACGGCCACCAAGGAGGGGGAUUUCUACAUCGUCAAUGGCAACAAGAAGUGGAUCACCAACGGGAUCUUCUCGGACUACUUCACCUGCGCGGUGCGCACGGGUGCCGCUGGCAUGCGCGGCGUGUCCAUGUUGCUGGUGGAACGCAGCGAGGGGCUUUCGACCAAGCGGAUGGACUGCCAAGGUGUUUGGCCCAGUGGCACCACCUACGUGGAGCUGGACAAUGUGAAGGUGCCGGCGGCCAACCUCAUCGGCAAGGAGAACGAGGGAUUCAAGGUGAUCAUGAAGAACUUCAACCAUGAGCGCUGGGGCUUCACUGUCCAGGCGAAUCGCCUGAGCCGCGUGCUGAUCGAAGAGAGCUGGGCCUUCUCAAACAAGCGCGCGACCUUCGGAAAGAAGCUGAUCGAACAUCCGGUGAUCCGCUGGAAGCUGGCUGAGAUGACACGCCAGGUUGAAGCUCUUCAUCACUGGUUGGAGAACAUGACCUUCCAGCUGUGCAUGAUGCCCAAGGACCAGGCGAUGACCACACUGGGUGGUCCCAUUGCUUUGAUGAAGGCACACUCUUCCAAGGUCAUGGAGUACUGCGCUCGGGAGGCGCGACAGAUCUUCGGCGGCAAUGCCUACACGCGUUCCGGCUUGGGCGAGAAGGCGGAGCGCUUAUACCGCGAUGUGGGCGCCUAUGCCAUCCCAGGAGGAUCUGAGGAGAUCUUGUUGGACCUGGCCAUCCGACAGGGCAACAAGUCCAAGCUCUAGAGGUGAACAGCUUGGCUAUGACAAUUUUGAUGGAUCACCGUUUGGUCCGUUGACGGUCCGUUUGUUCAGACAGAGAGCUGAUUCCGAUCUCUCUCCUGAAGUGCAGGAUGCGCAGGAACGCACACGUAGACGGAUCGUGUGUCGUAAACGGAUGCGCAUGCCGGGACCUUCAGAUUUGUUUGGCCUGGGAAGCCGCGAAAAGAGGAGUGAAGGAGGAGAUCGAGCGAAAGACGUGGUUUGGGCAACGCGGGACCUUCAGGUGUUGACACCCUUUAUACAAUUGUAGCAUCGGAACUGGACACACACACACACAUUAAAUGACCUAUUUUCGUUUUGUAUAUAGAGUCUCAACAGGGCAGAUAAAGAAAACACACAUGUUCUUUGAAAGCCCUGUCAGUCUACAUCUCAUCCGCGACCUCAUUUCUUGCCACGGCGACGCA